UGCACGGCCGAGAAGGAACGCACACAACGCACAAGCAGUGGACCAUGAGAUCUGCAUCGCCGACAACAUCAUGCUGUCUUGCGGCCAACAUACAAGCGGGCAGAGCACUACAACAAAUACACAUGUCGAAGCAGGCAGGGACGGGCCCGGGGCCUUAUCAUUUCUUCUUUUUCUUCUUGUCAUCCUUCUUGCCCUUAUCCUGCCGGCCAAUCAACGAUAAGCACAGGCCAAGCAGAUAACAGAUCGUAUGUGAGACACGAAGAGAACGGGACAGUCAGCCUGCUGUAUGUGUGCGUACGUCUCCCCCGGCAUCUCCGGCUCUCUUCUUGUCCUGCACAUCCUUCUCUCCAGUCGCGGAGUGGUCAAAAUCCUGAGGAGACACACAUGGUAUGCAUGUCUGUGUUGGAUGACCUCUCCUUCUCUCUUUCUGACCCUGAGUUGUUUCCACUCUUCCGGCCAGCAGUAGGAUGUGCGGCUGAGCGGACCCACGAACUCAGACAGCUCCAGCGGGCGCCUGGUUAUCUGCAGAGCACGCACGAAGGAAUGAUGUGUAUGGUAUGUACACGACGCGAAGAUGUCUUACUUACCGACUGAAUCCUCCUGUCCGUCAGCACAUGGUCCACUGCCUGCUUGAUCUGAACGGAACACACACAUACGAAACAUAGGAAAGACAGACAGGGAGGGCUGAGCGCCGUUGUCCCCCCAUGGGCCUUCUUGGGCGCUCACCGAUCCAGCGGGAUAGCCUUCGGAAACGUGUGCGAGGUUGGAUAGGGGAAAGUUGAGGGGCUCGAUGGAUACCCCCCGAUCCUUCAUGAAUUGCUGUUGCCGAGACACAGAGACAGAGUGCCUGGCACAGCAUCUGGUGCGCUGGUUUAUUCACCUACCUUCCAGAGGAAGACUCGUGAAGGGUAGUCAGGGAAGGUCAGCCACACCUUCUCCUCGAAGAAACUCAGCAGCUCCUUGGUGUCCACGUGGUCGGCAUACGGCUGAGUCGUGCAGCCGAUGAAGAGAAUGCGAUCUUGCGAGGUGUUGUCGGGGCCGGCCUUCUUAAUCUGCCCAGACACCGGCAUUUGGCGAAAGUAUAGAUGCUGCAGUGCUUGCUGACCUGUUUGAGGUGGUUAACCAACUCUUUUUUGAUCCGAUUUGGCGCGUUGUCUCCGCCCUCUUCGCCCUUUUUCUUCUUCUUGGAUGCGGCGAAUAUCUGGUCCACCUGGUCCAUGUAGAUGACCGCGGGGGCGCACUCCUGCGCCACGAGGAAGGUCUUGUGGACCAGGAGGGCCGCACCUGUCUUGGGUUGCGUGUAGAGGCCCUCGAUGACUUGGGGGGAGAGGUCGAAGAACAAAGCACCCACCUCUGACACAUAUUCCAACAGUAUGAGCCUGCUGUUUCCAUUCAUCUGGUCUGCUCACCAGUGGCAAUGGCUCUCGCCAGAAACGACUUGCCCGUGUUCUUCGACCCGUACAGCAACAGGGACCUGCACACAAUAAGGCCCACUAGCACACACUCAGCGAGCAUUCUUUCCUCCCCUCACCUGCAGGCAAAGGGCGCUCUCUGCCUGAUGUAGUCGCUGCCAAGAGGCAGGAUGACGUUCUCGACGAGGAGCUGCUUGACCAUCCCUGCGGAUGGCGGCACCACGUACUCAUAGAUGUCCUUGGACGGCUGGGAGGGGUCGGGGGGCGGGGGAGGGGGAGCUGUGGGGGGACAGUAGCGCUGCGACGCGCCAAGGAAGGCGAACUCGCCGUAGAACUGGCUCAGGUGGACGGGUUUGAUCUUCUUAAGAAUGCCGUCCUUGACGAGGUCUGGGAACAGGUCCUCCUUGUUGCCGAUGAGGCCCUGGGCAAUGCACCACUUCUUCUCUUUCUUUCCCUUGCCGCCUUUUUUCUUGCCACCCUUCUUGCCUUUCUUCUUCCCACCUGAGACACACAGAUAUGGCCGGUAGGUCGGUACUGGCGCUGCAUGUGUGGUCUUCCCUCCCGCCUCUCACCUUUUUUCUUCUUGUCUUUGGCCUUCUCAUACAUGUUGAUGAGGUUCUCCAGCUCUUCCUUGAUCAAGGCAUCCACCUGCUGCCGGAUCUCCUCCUCUACAGUUGGCCGCACAGUCGCCCUACAUCCAUACAUACAAGUGGUCACAUGCCCGCAGACUCAGCUGGGCCACACAUAUGACGAUGUAGAUAACUCACCUUGUGAGUGCUGGGUCGUGUCUCUGGUCGAAGUUGCGGCUUUCAUCGCGUCCUUUCCAUGUCGACAUAUACUCCUACGACACGAGACAUGGCCAACGUCCUGUACACCACUGCUAUGCCCUCUUUGCAAUGCCUACGUCGAUACUCUCCUUGAUCUUGAUCACUGCACCGCUCGGGCCGACCUGCGCAUAAAAGCCAACAAACAUGUGUGAGCUGCCCUGCCCCAUCCUUGCUCCAUGUUCGUUCGUUCAUCACCUGUUGUUCGACGGGCUCGAUGUCCUCUUCUCCCUUUUUCUUUUUCUUAUUGUCCUUCUUGGGCUCUUUCUUCUUCUCGUCUUUUUUCUUCUUGGGGUCCUCCUCCUCCUCCACGGGCGGCGGCUCGUCCUUGGUGUAGAAGAGCUCAUACUCCUUGGGGAAAGUGCCAGCCUGCCGGCGGUACUCAAGGUACCACUUCCUGCGCUCGUCCUUGAGAUCAGCCUGCAGACAAGACACACGUGGUUGGUGUCUGGUCGGUAGUGUGCAGUGGAUUUGUACCAUGAUGUCGACUGCUUCUUUCUCCCGGAUGUCAGCUGUGGAUGUCUCGAGGGCCUUCUCGAACUCACGCAGGGCCUCCUCCUGCUGCUUUUUCCUGAUGUGAAUGGAUGGACAGCGAGAGCCGUGUUUGUGAGUCAGGCAUGUGAUGGAAGUCUGCGUGAGCUGACCUUUUCUGUCUGUUCUGCUCUGCGAGUGAUGGGUAGUCGACUGGGGGCCUUGGUGGGGCGGUCAUCCCGAGGAACUGCAGCUCCUGGCGGCGCUUCUCAGCGAUUCUCCUUCGGGCAACCAGGCCCUUCCAGUGGGCUGAGAUAAGCGUCACGCCAUGCAUCUGCAGCUCCAGCAAGUCCUCUGUCUCGCUCUUCUCCUGACAACACACGAAACACUCUCAUGCACGUGUAUUGCUAGGUGGCUGGCUGGCCGGGUGGCUGGCUGAGGGGCUCACUUGGCUCUGCUUUUGCCUGGCCUCUUUUUUGAGGGCAUCCUUCCGCCACUCGGCCACCAUCUUGGCCUUCACAAUGCCCGACCGGCCCCUCUCAUUCUUCUGUAUCAGCCGAAUGGCGUCCUCGACACUCAUGGUCUCUUGGAAGGGGUCUCGUGGGUCGAGCAAAUCGUCCUCCACCACCGUAUUCUUGAAGGUCCUCAGCCAAUGCUCGAGCCUGCCAAUCUUGAUCUCCAACAGGUCGGCCACGCUCGGGUGGUCCACAAAGUAACGAGGCACUCGCGGGACGAGCGCACCGGACGGCAGCUUGAGGUCAGUGACCACCUCGUCGAGAGCGAGGUACCGAGACGUCGGCCUGGGGUUGAAUGGCGGCGACAGCAGCUGGUGCUUCAUCUCAAUCAGGCGAACGAGAGUGCUCUCGAGCACCUUGAAGACGCUCUCCCUCUUCUGCGGAUGGACCAGCUGGUCGUACGCGGCCUCCAGACUGUUGUAUAUCUGCAGGUACUUGACAUACACGACGGCCUGGUUAUCAAAAGUGAGCUCGAUAGGCUUGGGAGGGGGCGGCUUGGAGCCAUCGAGAGGAAGCUCCUCGCCCUCCACGGGCAGGUACCUGCAACACAACCACACAUGAGAAGCCGAAUUCAUGUGCAUAUCGUCUCUCCUUUAAGAAGCCGAUGCUCACUCCAGCUGCAGCUGCGUGGUAAGGUCCUGGAUGGCAUUCGCCCACUUGGUGUUGAACGUCUGGUGUGACAUGAUGGAUGAUGCCAGAAACGCCUCACAGAGGUCAGCAACCAGCAAGCCAGCACAGGCAACUGGCCAAGCGGCCUGAUGAAUACCGUUGCAGAAGUCGU